UCCUGUGAACACGCCCCAGAUAGAUGAGGCAGAUAUAUAGCCAAGACCUGCGGGUAGCAGAGGAACUGUGAGAAAGAGAUAAUCGCACUUGCUCUCUCUCUCUCUCUCUCUCUCUCUCUCUCUCUCUCUCUCCCCCUCAAGGGUUACCUGUGACACCCUCGCAAUGACAAGAGGGCCAAGCCAGAGGGGGCCUCGUCAGGGGAGUUUGGAUGUUGUCCCGCUCGGUUUGUAAAAAAGUCCCCGGGGCUUCUUCUGUUUUUGAUGCUUUUCGUGCUUUUGGACUUCCCCCUGGAGUUACCUGAGCCGUGGUCGAGCGGAGAAACAGGAGCGAGGCGCGUUAUUAAAAAAAAAAAAAAUCACCUCUGCAGAUCCGUGCAUGAAACUGAAAGCUGGGCCGCGAUGAGCCGGAGAACACGACGCUGGAUUUUACGAGUUUUGCUUUGUUUAGGGAUUGUUUACCUCAAAAUUGGUGGCUUUUCGUCGGUGGUGGCCCUUGGUGCGAGCAUAAUCUGUAACAAGAUCCCUGGUUUGGCUCCCAGACAACGGAUUAUCUGCCAGAGUCGCCCCGAUGCCAUUAUCGUCAUCGGAGAGGGAGCCCAAAUGGGCAUCAACGAGUGUCAGUUUCAGUUCAAAAACGGGCGCUGGAACUGCUCUGCGCUUGGAGAGAGGACCGUCUUCGGAAAAGAGUUGAAAGUGGGUAGCAAAGAGGCUGCGUUCACCUACGCGAUCAUUGCGGCAGGGGUGGCCCACGCCAUCACGGCCGCCUGCACACAAGGCAACCUGAGCGACUGCAGCUGUGACAAGGAGAAGCAGGGUUUCUACAGCAAAGGACAAGGAUGGAAGUGGGGAGGCUGCUCGGCCGAUAUCCGAUACGGACUGGGCUUCUCCAAAGUUUUCAUCGACGCUCGGGAAGUCAAGCAGAACGCAAGGACGCUAAUGAACCUCCACAAUAAUGAGGUGGGACGCAAGGUUCUGGAGAAGAACAUGCGGCUGGAAUGCAAGUGUCACGGCGUCUCGGGCUCCUGCACGACCAAAACCUGCUGGACCACGCUCCCCAAGUUCCGCGAGCUCGGCUACAUUCUCAAGGAGAAAUAUGCCCACGCCGUGCACGUGGAAGCGGUCAAAGCGAGCCGCAACAAGCGUCCGAAGUUCCUGAAAAUCAAGAAGCCGUACUCCUACCGGAAGCCGCUGGACACGGACCUGGUGUACAUAGACAGGUCGCCGAACUACUGCGAGGCGGACCCGGUGACGGGGAGCCUGGGGACGCAGGGGAGGGUGUGCAACAAGACGAUGAUGCAGCACAUCAGCGGCUGCGACCUGAUGUGCUGCGGCCGGGGAUACAACACACACCAGUACUCCCGGGUUUGGCAGUGCAACUGCAAGUUCCUGUGGUGCUGCUAUGUUAAAUGCAACACCUGCAGCGAGAGGACAGAGGUGUACACAUGCAAAUGAGGAUAUUUAUUGGAGGGUGUGUGUCUGUGUGCGUGUGUGAGGAUGUUGUGAGUGCGUUUUGUAUUUUUCAUGGACAGUUUUGUGGUUAAAGCCUGCAGUCUGCAGUCUUUUCUCGAGCGACGAACGACUACUGUGCUGCGCGUGCAGCAAGCUGAAGAUGGGGCAACACGGUUGUUUUGCACAAGAAGCGCUUCACCCUUCUUCUUGGUCUCUUUGUUGGGACACAGUACCACGGCGAUCUGGGAAAACACUGGUAAUGGAAAACUGCAACGCGGAAAUCCCGGGACAGAGAGGGACGACGGUUCUAGUCGGUGAAGCAAAGCUCCUAAUAAGACUUUAAGCUAAAUGGACAUGUACUGACAUCUUCUCCGUUUGGACUUUUUACGAGAUGCAAAUGAAUCGAGGCGGGUGAGACGCUGGGCAGGACGCCGCUGCUGCAGUUCUCACGGCCCUGUGCACAGACGAAAUUAGAGAUAGCCUUUUGAAAUAUUUAACAUGCUGUAUUUAGAGAAUAAGACUUAUUAAUAUUAAUUUAUUCUAUAAAAAAAAAAAACUACUGAUUUUGUCCAAUGUGGAUCAAAAAAAAUAACUAAAUGUCAACAGUUUCUUCUAGUUUGUUGAAGCAAUCAAACACGUGCACAGUUAACACACUGGAUUUGAGUCACAUUGUAGCAUAAUGUCGUUCCAACGGGAACCAUUGUAGGCUGCUCACAUUGACCUAUCUACCUUUUUUUGUGUGUUUUUCUUCCUUCUGUUGCUGCUAGUCUAGAAAAUCCCACUUGUUGAGGUAGAGGUCCGUAUGCUGUACUCACUGUCUCCACUCCAGCCUGGUCCUACUGGACCUGAUGUGCUCAUCCAAAACAUGGGCACAUUUUGGUAAAUGAUAGUUAAUAGAGAAUAUAUUUGUAAAGGCCUAUUUUUAUAUGAAUGUUUUAUUUAUAUCAUAUUGUUCCUACUCAUUGUCACGUGUGGACAUUGAGAUCUGUCUAUAAACCCCAUGUGAAAAGCUGAUAUAUGACAGUUGGCCCAAGAUGUCACUGCCAUCGCUUGCUGUAUAUUGUGCGAGACAGAGGCUGUCUGUAUCUGUCUGUGUUCAAACCUUUUGUUUACUGCAUUUCACGACUACUACUGAUGGAAUACAGGAACAGAGCUACGCUAACGAGA